GGGGGAGGGAUGAACGGGCUGGUACCUGCUGGCUGUUUUCAGCCGCGGGAGGUGUUUAGAUCCAUCAAUGCACAGGAAGGGGCAACCAACCUGGUACGUACGCAUAUGUCACAACAACACAAUGCGAUGCCGCGCAGUGAAAUGUGGCAUGAUGCAGUCGUUGGAGGAAUGGCGAUGGCUGGACUACAAGAGGGGGCGGACAGUGGCACCUGAUAGGCCACGGGGAUCUCCUCAAACGCCCUUUCGACCCAACACUGUGGCUGAGCCCGACGGAGCCCUUUCGACCUAUCAUUGCCUGCCAUCUCAGAUCUUUGAGGUAGGUCCGUCACGCUCAGCACUCCAUGUGCAUGCAUAGUACACCUUUGCGCUUGCCUGUGGGUGGCAUCCAUGGGUCGAUGGAUGGGCGGAUGCAUUGCAUGCAGAGUUGUGAGGAGGUACGAUGGCGCGACUACACACUCGGAAAAAAACGUACGCACUCACACAAAAGACACACACGGCCGCCUCGAUCACUUCCACUCUCUCUCUCUGUGUGUGUGUGUGUGUGUAUAGCAGCAACGAAAGAACUGGUGGAGAUCGUCUCUGUCGUGUACGUACGCGGCAACACCAUAUAGCAGGCUGUUGUCGGCCGGGCCCCUUGUUUGUUGGCCUGCAUGAACUGAGUGCAGGGACUGGGCAACUGCGAGAUGGAAGGCCCACAAUGACGAGUCUUCCUUCUGUCCGCCGAGGAAGAACGAGUGAGUGUACUGAGUGGGAGACAGGAGGACCGAGAGAAGUUGACUGACGACGUUCGUUGCAUGUCUGUGUCCUGUGCAGUCACAAGGAGGUGAUUAAUCGUGUGGACAAGUGGUUCACCGCAUCGCUCAAGCAAGCCAAGACAACGUACGCAUGCCAACCUCACUUAUACACCCAUCCGUCGCGAGACGCACAUGCACGUUCUCUCAUUACUUGUGACGCAUGCAUGCAUGCAUCUGUGCAGGAGGUCUGAGCAGCUGGAGUCUGCAGAACAGGACAGGUGAGCGGCGGCCUACUUAUAUCGCGCGUCUCAUGCCUGCCUGCAUCUGUCUGUAUGCGCCUCUUCAGGCCAUUCAGGCCCCCUGCCGCCGCCGCCGCUGCUGCUGCUGCUGCUUCUGCUGGCGACCUUUCAGACGACUCCCCCACCAGUCGGUUCAUCAAGCGGCUGAAUGAGCUGCUGGCCAUGCUGUCACUCAUGGAAAGCAUCGCACAGACCCAUAUCAACCAGGGCGGCCUCUCGCCUGCCAGCCAUGUCAAGGCCUCCCUGCUUGUCAAGGCCCUGCGGGUAUAUUGUAGUAUGCACACCUGCAGAGCCUUCAGAUCGUUCUACGUUGCAUUCAGGAACGGAGCAAGAUAUUGGUCGCUGAGCUGUCCGACGCCGGCAAGGAGCAGAAGAUACAGGAGACGGCUGGCGGAGGGGCUGGGAGGGAGGUACGCAGGGCACACACAAGGGAAUGCAUCAACCCACCAACCGGCGCGUGACCCCUUCGUUGUCUCUUUUUCGCAUUCAGAAGCCCCGGGAGUGUCCGGAUCGCAGUGAGAGGUCGACGGUGCUGACGCCGUGCUCAACGAACGUGAUAGAGAAAGAGCCUGCGAGACAUCGCUUGAUGUUCGCGCCGAUGAUAUGCGAGGCGUGUCUGUUCAUGUACCCCGUGUUUGGAUACACGGAAGAGGCGGUGUGCAUCUGUCCGAGAUGCAGCUUUAACAGGUCACUCCCGAGAGAAACAUAGAAAAAUCGAUGGAGAAUGGUCUCGGGAGUGUGCGUGCAUGCAUCAACAGAGCCGGCAUGGUGUGCAUGAUUGAGGGACAGAUGCGUGAUCGACAUUCUUGCCUUGAAAAGCUUGCC